UUGUUCAAUGCCGUCAUCAGUGGCGAGAGACUGUCUCAAGGUCGGCGAAUCUCUCGUCGUUGGCUGAGUGGAAUUCACGAGCAAAGCAUAAAUGGCAAAGGGCAAAAAAGAGAAAAGGGGGGGAAGCUUAGCUAGAGCCAAAGCAUUUGCGCAGGAGAGAAUGCAAGAUGUGCAUUGGAGAACGAGCAAUUGGGGCGCGGCGGGUUUGGCUACAAGGGCCGAUGAAUGGCUGCUGCCGGUGGUGCCGCCGCCGCCGAAAAGCCGCGCACGCCGUCAAGUCAAAGCUCUAGCAAGGACGAGCGGUGCUAGUAAGUCUUGGGUCUUCGCUACAACGAUAUUUGCGAGUUUGGCUGGAAAGCACGUCUGUCGGCGCUCUACGAUUACUGCGUUCCGCCUAUCCCAUUAACCGUGACAAUUCAACAUCAAAAUACCAAGAUACAAAUGAUACAG